AUGGACCUGCUUCACAGCUGGGGCGUAAACGUCGCCGUCCAUCUUCAGACGGAGCACGGAAACUUUGAGAAGCUCUUUCACUGGGUCUCCUCGGUGGCAGAUCUCCACACCACCUUCUUUGUGUUUUUUCCCAUUUGGUUUCAUCUGCGGAGAGAUGUGGGUGUUAAACUCAUUUGGGUGGCUGUGGUGGGAGACUGGCUGAACCUCGUUCUGAAAUGGGUGUUAUUUGGCGAGCGUCCUUACUGGUGGGUCCAUGAGACCAGAUUUUACGGUCCCAUCAAACAUCCAGAACUAAAGCAGUUCCCCAUCACAUGUGAAACUGGACCAGGUAGCCCAUCGGGUCACGCCAUGGGCUCGGCAGGGGUUGGGUAUGUGAUGGUCACUGCGCUACUUUCCAUCGCUGCAGAAAGAAAAAGACAAGCUCUGCGCUACAGGUUUUUACAGUUGAUGCUCUGGACGCUGCUGGGCUUUGUGGAAUUGCUAGUUUGCAUGUCUAGAGUUUAUCUGGCAGCCCAUUUUCCACACCAAGUCAUCAGCGGAGUUAUGUCAGGUAUAAUUGUGGCAGAAAUAUUCUCCAGACAGCAGUGGAUCUACAGCGCUGGUCUGAAGAAAUACAUGAGCAUGACUCUGUUCCUGCUGUCUUUCGCCGUGGGCUUCUACGCGCUGCUGAAGGUUCUGGGUGUGGAUCUGCUCUGGACGCUGGAGAAAGCUCAGAAGUGGUGCGUCAAUCCAGAAUGGGUCCUUAUGGACUCCACCCCUUUCGCCAGCCUCCUGCGGAACAUGGGCACGCUGUUCGGUCUGGGGCUCGGUCUUCACUUGUCGUGCCGCAGGGUAAACAACAGCGCCUCCUUCACGUUCGGAAGAAUUUGUGUUUCAUUGGUACUGCUGCAGGUGCUGGACUCCUUGACGUUUUCCUCGACCAACCAAUUCCUUUUCUACCUUCUGUCAUUCUGCAAGAGCGCCGCUGCCCCGGUGCUGCCCACCGCUCUCGUUCCUGCUGCAUUCGCCUGGAUUUCUCAAAGGAGCGAAGAGAAAAAGGACAUGUAA